CAGCGGCAGCGGCUUAACCAAGGGUCGAGGAAACAACUGCAAGACGCCAAACUCUACUGCAAAAGUCGCCAACAUAACACAUAAAAUUUUCGGUUGGCUACGCAAAUCGCGAAACAAACGGCCAGUCGAGAUCCUACGAAGCGAUUUCGAAGGCGAAGACGGCGACGGCGACGAGGGGGAAGGAGGAGCAGAAGCAGCACCUGGGAGUGCAGCUGCAGGUGGGUCAGGUGCAGGUGCAGCCGCUCAGCAAUUUUCAGUGGCAAACGUUCGAUAUAAAGCCGGCAAGCUGAAUACCACACAGACAGCCACGGAGACCACCACCGCCAUCGAUUCAAACGAACCCAAAUCUGAAAAGAUGUCAUCGGGGGGCACGUUUGUGGAUCGAAUCGACCCGUUCGCCAAACGUUCACUCAAAAAGAAGGGUAAAAAGAGUCAAGGUUCCUCGCGCUACAGAAAUUCACAGGAUGUUGAGUUGCAGCAAUUGCCGCCGCUAAAAGCCGAUUGCUCCAGCCUCGAACAGGAGGAGCUGUUCAUACGAAAGCUGCGUCAGUGUUGCGUAUCAUUUGACUUUAUGGAUCCCGUCACGGACUUGAAGGGCAAGGAAAUCAAGCGGGCGGCACUCAAUGAUCUAUCCACCUAUAUAACGCACGGGCGCGGUGUGCUUACGGAACCAGUCUAUCCGGAAAUAAUACGCAUGAUUUCUUGCAACUUAUUUCGCACACUGCCGCCCAGCGAGAAUCCGGACUUUGAUCCCGAGGAGGAUGAUCCAACACUGGAGGCCUCCUGGCCACACCUACAGCUGGUGUAUGAGGUGUUCUUACGCUUCCUGGAAUCGCAGGAUUUCCAAGCAACCAUUGGCAAGCGUGUGAUCGAUCAGAAGUUUGUCUUGCAGCUCUUGGAGCUGUUCGACUCUGAGGAUCCACGUGAGCGUGACUUUCUCAAGACGGUGUUGCAUCGCAUCUAUGGGAAGUUCUUAGGAUUACGCGCUUUUAUACGAAAACAAAUCAAUAACAUAUUCUUGCGAUUCAUCUACGAGACGGAGCAUUUCAAUGGUGUCGGCGAACUGUUGGAAAUACUCGGCAGCAUCAUCAAUGGCUUUGCCUUGCCACUGAAGGCCGAGCAUAAACAGUUCUUGGUCAAGGUCCUGUUGCCGCUGCACAAAGUCAAAUGCCUAUCGCUAUAUCAUGCACAGUUGGCAUAUUGUAUUGUACAAUUCCUAGAGAAGGAUCCAUUCCUUACCGAGCCGGUGGUGCGGGGCCUGCUCAAAUUCUGGCCAAAGACGUGUUCCCAAAAGGAGGUCAUGUUCUUGGGCGAAAUUGAGGAGAUACUCGAUGUGAUUGAUCCGCCGCAGUUUGUCAAGAUCCAAGAGCCGCUCUUCCGGCAGAUUGCCAAAUGUGUCUCUAGUCCACAUUUUCAGGUUGCUGAACGCGCUCUUUAUCUGUGGAACAAUGAGUAUGCCAUGUCGCUGAUUGAGGAGAACAACGCGGUGAUUAUGCCCAUCAUGUUCCCGGCCCUAUAUCGCAUCAGCAAGGAGCACUGGAACCAGACCAUUGUGGCGCUCGUCUACAAUGUGUUGAAAACAUUCAUGGAAAUGAAUUCAAAGCUGUUCGAUGAGCUCACCUCCAGCUACAAGGCGGAGAGGCAAAAGGAAAAGAAACGUGAACGCGAUCGCGAGGAACUGUGGAAGAAGCUGCACGAACUCGAAUCGAAUCGUUCUAGUGGGCGCACCGCAGGCGGCAGCGCAGCUGCGAAUGCAUCGAACAGCGCAUCAUCAUCCAACGCGGCGUUGGCGUCCACGUCCUCCCAACUGCAGCCACCAUCCAGCAGCACAGCCGCCAUUAACUCUCAUCAGCAGCAGCAGUCGAAUAGCAGCAGCAGUGGCAGUCUGUCCAGCGGCGGCGCCGGCGGUGACAAUAAUCCUGCGACCACAAAUGCAAAAAUCAAACAGGAUAAGGCGGCGGACAACUAAACAGCAGAGCACACGCAAACGCAAGGCAUGCGCCCGAAAUAAAACUAACAAUAAUGAAAAACGAGAGCCGUAAAGCGCAGUCCAGUCCGUUGGCUAACACGUAAAAGCCUCUGUCGUUCCACAUCCCACACGUAACAGAUAGACAGACAGACGACGGACGAACGGAUAGAUACAGAGAGAGAGAGAGAGAGAGAAG